AUGGUCUCUCCGAGUCGAGAAGCUCCGGAUUCCUACGGAAAGACGCGUGUCGGGUGUGCACGCAUCCGAAUGUAUCGGAGUGAUACGCCGCCGGAGUAUCGACAGGGCAAAUGCUGCCGAAGCAGGAGAGACCAGAGCCGGGAAGGCCGGGGCAGGGGGAGCUCUCCAGGGCUGGGCCCGCGCGCGACCCUGAGCCGGCGGGGAAAGAACUUCCACGCACUGCCCCGUCCAGACCUCUCCACUCACCGCCUUGUCAGAGCCCUCAACCUUCCACAUCUCGCCGGUGCCGCGUGUCACGUCAACACACCGCGCGUGACGUCUCUCCCUCUCGUGCGCGCGCGCGCGCGCCAUCGUCCUCAUCUUCCCGCGACGCCCGGUUGCCGUAGCAACGGGCCGCCGCGAGGGAAAACACCGGCGUGGCUUCUAGGGGGAAACAUGAAGGGGAAAGGGAAGGCGAAAGCGGCGAAAGGCGGGAAGUAGGUAGCUAGGGAGACGGGGACGGGCGGGCGGGAUGGCGCUGGGACCCACCUCUCCGGGCAUAUCUGGCGGGUGGGAGCGAGAGUCGCCCGGACCCCUUGACCCUCCUAUGGCGCGGUGUCGCUCGCUUCCCUCAGGGGGAAGAAGGGCGGCCCCGGCGGCAGCGGCAAGAAGGUUGACGUGAAGGCCCUGAAGGAGGAGUCGGAGGCCGACAGGGCUAAAGCUGCGGCGUCGCUAUGGGAGGCCAGGCUGGAGGUGACCGAGCUCUCCCGCAAGGAGUACCGCGCCGCCGCCCGCCGCCUCGCGCAGAACAACGAGGAGCUGGAGCGGCAGCAGCGGCGGCUGGAGAGGGACACGGUGGACGUGAUGGGCUACCUCAAGAGGCAGGACAUGGAGAAGGAAGAUCUGGUAGGUGUGGAACAGCAGGCGAACUUCCUCCUCCUUUUGCAGAGUUGCUACCCCUUAACGCUGAAGGCUACGAUCUUUCCAGCCUGUCGAGCUAACUCAGAAUAAUCUGUCUAGUUCCACGGUUUUAAUACACAGAUGCAGUGCUCUCUUUUUCUAAAAACAUGUUUAGGGGUGCUCUCACUUUCCUACUCAUAUUGAAAUACUGCCCUCAAUGAGGCCAAACUUAGCUGCACAAAAUGUUUAGGGGUAUGCGUCCCCCUGCGUUCUCCCAGAAAAAAGCACUGUAUACGUGUGUAUAUACACAAAAAACCCCCACAAACAAAAUAAAAAUAAAAAUGAAGGAACUGAUUGCUGUUGUAUUCAUUAGGCAAUCUUAAAACUGGUGUGGGAAACUUUUAACCCUCCAGAUGUUGCCUUUUUAGCCCUAGCAAGAGUGGCCAAAGGCUGGGACCCACCUCUUCAGGAACAUCUGGAGUGCCAAAGGUUCCCCACACCUGUCAUAUGGCAUGUACUUUCAGAAUGGAGACGUGACAUAGAAUUUCAGAGCAAUCGCCACUGCUACACUUUUUAAGGGGGAAAACAACCUAGAUGAGGAGGAAAGUGUUUCUUCUCAACACUGUUUAGAUUUUCUUUCAUUGCAACAGAUAGCGUUUGCCAAAACUAUUAUCCUUUCGUUUUCCAUUGGUCUUCAAAAUCAAUAGUACAAAAGUACUAAUAUGGAGUGUCAUUCAGCAUGUAUAGUUUGGCUUUCCUUUACAAUUUAACAGCCUACUUAUUCAGCCCACUGACUGUAAGACUUUCACAGCAAAUACCCUAACUACUGUAGCACUUUUGCAAAUAAAGAUAUGGAGAAAGUAUGAAAUAAUCACCCUCAUAUAACUAACAUGCUUAAAUCUAAUUAAUGUGUGGAGGGACCAAAACUAUAAAGCUGUCCUGUCAGGCUUAGCUAGGUCACACACCCUCACCUUGGGAAAGCUCUUUGUUCUUCCAUUCCACCAUGUGAGCCCUGAACUGGAUUUUUCCAAUCCAUAAAAUGAUUGAUUUUUUUCCUCAUUUUCUUUUUUUAAUAUGUAGAUUGAGAAGCUAAAGCUGCAGUUGAUUGAGGUGAAGCAAAAAGCCAAAGAAGAGAACGAUGAACUGGUGAAUAGACAUGUCUUUUGAUUCUGUUGGUACAAUGACACACUGAAAACCAGACUAAGCACAUUUUGGGUUGUACCUGACAAUAGAUAAGUUGCACAAGACUGUUUUACAGUAAAUAUAUUUAAUCUUCUAACAUCUGGUGGUUCAACUCUUUAAGUCAUGACUAAGUCUUUAACUAGGGCUGUCAUAGGUUCAGGCUCUGAAAAUGGCAUCCGGGUGGAUUUUUGCCGAAGCGUCAACAUGUCUGGGAAAACCUGGAUGUAUGGCAAGUAGAGCUUUCUUUUAAAAAAAGAAAUGCUUUAAAAAUCAUUUUAAAAGUCUAAAAACAUAAUUGGGGUGCAUGUGUGUUCUUAACAAUUUUGUCCCCCCUCUCCUCCCCUCCCCCCAAGAAGAAAAAAACUCAACAAUGUUGUCCGGAUUUUCACUUUUGGGAAUAUGGCAAUCCUACCUUAACUGUUUUUUGGGGGCAGGAUUUGCCAGAAAAAAAAUGGAAAACUAAGUCCAAAGUAUGUUAAUACUCAACCUCAUGGCAACACACCCUUACCGGGGAUUAAGUUCCAUUCAACUCAAUGACUUAUUUCUAAAUAAGCAUGCCUAGAGUCAGAGAUGGAGUUCUCAUCAACAUUUGGCUUAUGCAACUGGAGGUAGAACUGACUUGGAAUUGUUAUACUAUUAUUUGGUUCUAAAAGAUCAUCAUUUAAAGCUUCAUUUUGUUAAGUUAUUUUAGUUUUUUAUUGGUAGCUCUUCCCUAGUGAUGCUCUUUAAUGUGAAUUAUUUUUAAACAUGCUACACAUCAAGCUGAUCCUAAUGCCAUAUGCUCAUUUUUCUCUGUUUCCUCCCAUGGUAAUCAGUGGGACAAUCAGAACUUAAGCCAGUUUGUGUCCUCACAUAGAUUUCCUCCAUGUUCAUGGAUAUGAGUGUGCAAUUACAAACACUGAUAGUAUGCUUCUCUUCCAUGCCCUACCCUUUUCUCUGCCACUCUACCUCUGGGAUUUUGCUGGUGUAGUUUUUCAUCUGAUGGGGUCUUUCAUCAGUGUGACAACAGGGUUCUGGCAGUGGAUAACUUGUUCUGCCUCUGUAGGUUCAAUUCCACCAUUGGAAAAGGAGUUCUUCCACUUCCAAAGGCCAUUCGGCCAGCAGAUACCUAGGGUAGGAUUGCACCAUUAGUUUUCUUUUUUUUUUUAUCUUGCUAAAAGUUUCUAAUUUGCAGGUACAAUAUUACACCAAACAGUUGGAGGAGAUGGAGGAAAAAUUCAACAAGAAGGCCAAAGAAAUUGGCCUAAUUCAAGUUGAGCUGAAAAUGAUAAUGGAUUUUCGCAAAAAGAAAGCUCUUUUGGAAAAACAACUUGAAGAUGUAAGUUUAUUAGCAUCUAUUCUGCUAAGCGUUAGAAGUGCAUUGGGUGAUCUCUAGACUGCCAUGCUAAAGUGCAGCUGUGCUGGACUGCCAAAGUGUAAUUUGGAAAAAUGAAAUGAAGUUUUGAGAGACAGGCUCAGAAGUUACUAGAAUGAGACAGAAAGUUUUUUCCUUGGAUUUUUGUAAGAAAAUCAAGUGUUUACAUUUGCAGUUUGAUGACCUUUUAGCAAUUUAUUAAGCUUAUCAUAUAUAAUGUGAUGUGCACUUCAACUGAGAUAUUUUAAAGAUUUGUGUGUAGCAGAUUUUGGAUUAUAUACUCUGACAAAGAUUAAAAGCUAUGUCAAAAUGUGAGAAGGUAUGCAAGGCCUGUGCUAUCAGCAUUGCUCACAAAGUAAGUGUUACCUGCAGUGCUUUUUUCACGGUGUACUUUGAAGGGGAAGCAGUACUGGCACCUCUUUUGUUGUUGUUAAAAAGUGUGGUACUUAUUGUAACAACUUCACAGUGAGUACUGGCAACUAUUUUUCUAGAAAAAAGCAUUGGUUACCUGAUAUGCAAACUUGCAAAAAUGUGAAAAAGUGAGCUGGUAAAUUUUCAGGUAACAGAUAGUGAAAGCACUGUGAGUUUCAAGGCAUGCAAUACGGACAUAUAAGAAAAACAUGUGGCAUAUUGUGAGAUACCGCUCUAGAGAGUUUUGUUUAAAUUGUCAUUUAGAUGGUUAAAAUAAUAAGUAAAUAUUUCUUAAAAUCCUAGCUCAAUGAAAUUAUGGAAAUCACAGAAAAAGAACAUCAGGAAACAAUCUGCAUGUUGGAGAAAAAGUUCCUUGAAGAAAAGGUAUAGUGUUUGGGCAGUAGUACGGUGCAUAUGUUGUUUCAGCAUGCACAGUCCUUGCGAUAAUGCACAGGAUGUCUGCUUCAAUCCACCAGUUCAAACAGCUCCGAGGCAGCAAUAUGGGGCUUGCAGUCUAUGCAUGGACAACUUUUUAAACCACCUAGAUAUGUAUGGAAUGAAGAAAUAUGAAGUACUGUACUGAUCCAGAUUCCAGAUUUGCAUAAUUUUGCCUGUUCUGUUAUCUUCCCCCAGCCUGAAAUAAUAAAUAAGGAAAUAGGUACAGAUUUUAAGGAAAAGUUAUGGAUCUCUGCCAUUCCGCCUCUGUCUGUAUUGAACCUCAACUUUCACAGUGCAACCUUUUAUUAUUUUCUAUAACACAGAAGGGGCAAACACUUCCUUCACAUACUUUUGAAAUGUGAAUGCUGCUUUAUGCCUGGUUUUCAUUGCAAAAUAUCUGUUUAUGCUUCUUUCAGCAACGACUUGAAAGAGAAGCAGAGAAGAAGAUUUAUAUGCUAGCAGAAAGGGCUCACCAUGAAGCCAUUGUGUAAGACUUACUUGAUUUCUCUGUUCUUUAACCAUUGUGAAGGUGCUAAAGUAUGGUAACUUGUAGGAUAUCCACAUGGGUGCUUUGUUUCUGAUAAGUAAAUAUGAUGCUGGACCCAAAGCAGCCUUAACACACCCAUGAAUGCUGUCUCCAUCUGUUUGUUUUGUAUCUACAGCUUGUGCACUGUGACGUAUUGUGAUUAAUACAGGAAAUUUGUGAUUCCAACUGCUGAAUAGUCUUUACAUUUAUUCAGGCAGUUGGAUGCUGCUGGAAAAGCUGUUUUUUCAGAGAAUGUUCGUCUUCAUGAGGCUCUUGGAUACCACAUGAAGGAAACAGAAGAGUUACAAAAAGCCAAGCAAAAAUUGGAGGAGAAAAAUGCCUUUCUCUUGCAGGAGAAGGUUAAGUUUAUGACUUCUUACCUUUUUCAUUCUCCUAUACAUAAGAUCCCUUGAAAUUCUAUUUGUGCAGGUUCAUGAGAGCUAGCACCUCUCCAUAUCUAUGCCAAAAUCACUUAACAUUUGGUGGUAUAUUGGGAAGCUAAAGCUCCUGUUCUGUUCUGUAAUGAAAAGGCUUCUAACACCAAUUCACAUGUUACUUGCAUGUAGGGCACUCGUGUUGAAACAGGGGCAGGGCUGAUGACUUGUUCCCAGGCUAGUCUUUAUCUAGCCUUUAUCUGCAUUCAAAGGAAUGCAAACAUGGGAGCAGCUGCUGUUACACCUACAUGUGGCACCUAGAUGUCAAUAGUACAUCUGGUUGUGUAAGUGUCCUGAUCACGUGGAUCCUUGUAUUUGAACAGCAGCUUGUGCGUAUGGAAUCAUUUUCAGAUACCAUUCAACAUGUGGACAUUGGUUAUGCAGCCUGGGGAUGUAAUUUCAGGGGUGGGGUCAUGUUGUGGGCCUUGAGCAUGCAAAUGCCUUACACACCAGUAAUGCAUGAAUAGGUGUCCACUGAAGACCAUAUUCUAUAUUUUCUCCUUCGGUAUUUUGAGAUUUUGGGAUAUAUUCAGUGGGUGGGAUUUACCUAAGCAGCUCAGCCCACUUGCGACUGGGCUCCCUCUUCCCAACCCUCCCAAAUUGGCUCUGAGCUGGCAGACAGGAGAACCCCAGAACAGGGCAUGGGGGAGGCAGGAUUGUUCCAUCUGGCAGGCUGCUGCUUGUGCAGACUGAACGAUAGAAGAAGCACAGCAUUGAAUUCCACCCAUUAUUGAUUAUUAUAGUCAUAUAUCAGAGCCAGAAUAGUUUUAAAAUUAGUCCAAAUCCCAUCACUAUUGUGAAAGUUCUAGAUUUAAACAUAAAUUAGUCAUUCCAACUGAACACUGUCCGUUUCAACUACCUGUGGCUAACCUAAAACCUAUAGUAGUUUCCCUCCAAAAUGCACUAGUUUUGCAUAUUAACUGGAAGAGAAAACUUAUGUUAAGUUUGUUUUUAUCAGAUUGAGCAUGAGUUGAAGGGAGAGAAGGUGUGUGCAAGCUGCUCAGCAGUGGACUCUUUAAUCUGCCUAUCUGAGAUUGGCGAAUGUUGCAAGCAGGACAAAUUUUAAUCUAGUCUGUGAUCCAUUGAAGCUUUCAAUUUUGUUUAUAACCGUUUCAAGAAUUUUAAUUGUCUGAAAGCUUUGAUGAUCAAAAGACAGCUUUCAAAAGUAUUACCUUGCAAGUAAUUUUAUUUAUUUAUUUUUAAAGGAAACCAAUGAAUUGUUAGUUCACGAAAAGAUACGGCAAAUUACUCAGCAGAAAGCCCUGAUCCAGGACCUGCAAAACAAGGUGAAAAAACUGGAAGAAGCUGUUUAUCAUAUGACCCGAGAAUUUAAAACUGAAGUUGAAAGUACCCAACAGAAGGCUUUGAUGCAGAACCAGGCAGGCCAGACAGAAAUUGCAAAGCUGCAGCAGCUGCUGGAAAUGAAGGAACGAGAGAUGAGCAGAGUGAAGAAACUGGCCAGAAAUAUCCUGGACCAAAGGACUGAGGUGGAGAAGUUCUUCUUAGAUGCUCUGGAGCAGGUGAAACAGGAGAUCAUAACCAGCAGAAAGUGCUACAAGCAGGUGGCUCAAGAUGCAUAUCAAAGAAAAAUGAUGGCAGCAUAUGCAGGGAAAGAUGAAUACCCUAAAAUCAGAACCUUUAACAACAAUGAGCACAGCACAAAUAGUGUACAAAUGGACCUUCUGGAAGCAGAGAAAUGGUACAUGUGGUAGAAUUGUAGAAGUUUUCUUUCUGGUGGCCCUGGCUGCCAGGAAUAGAAAGUGUGUAAAAAUCCCUGUGAAAUAGUACACCUCAAUUUAGACUGUCUUAGGAUAGGGCCGGGGUAGGGAUCCUUUUUUAGCCUGAAACACAUUUCUUUGUUGGCAACCUUCUGGGACCACAUGCCAGUAGUGAGUGGAGCCAAAGGUAAAGUGGGUGGAGUGACAAAUGAAAAUUUUACUUUUGUACAAUAAGCUAGUUUCUUCACACACCCUCUCUAUCCUGUAUUCUGGCAAGCAAAAUGCACUGUCAGAAUUUAAGGGCACAUUCCAUCCUGGCCAAAAUACCCAAGGAGAGGCAUUGCCUGGAGAGAAACCUGGAAGCCAGAUAGAGAAGCUUACUGCAGCACAAGAGUAAGGAGAUAGAGCCAUAUAACUGUAGAGUUGAAAGGGAUCUAAAGGGUCAUCUAAUCUAACCCUGUGUAAUGCUGGAAACACAACUAAGGAAUCCCUGACAGGUAGUCAUCCUAUCCCUGUUUAAAAGUCUCCAAUGAAGGAGAGUCCAUCACCUUCUCAGGUAGUCAAUUCCACUGUCAAAACAGCUCUUAAUGUCAUGAUUCUAAAUCUCUCUUGUGGUUAGGCACCACUGGUUCAGACCAUAUAAGCAGAUAUGUGAAGUUAGGACUUCUUUCUCCAGUGUGUAUCACUUUACGUGGUGCUUAAAUUGCAUAUGCCAUUUUAAUGUCUGUUCACCCAGUUUAGGAAGAACCUAUUAGAGUUCCUCACAAUCCCUUUGGCCUGUUUGUUUUUCCCAACCUGAACUAUUGGAUGUCACCCCAACUCCAAAUCAUGAUGAAUAAGUUUAAAAAGCCCUGCUUCCAAUGCAGAUCCCUGAAGGACUCUGCUUCUUCCAUCUCUCCAUUUGAAGAACUGUUCAUUUAUUCCUCUUCUCUGCUUCCUGUUUUAUUUCCAGCAGUUACUGAUCUGUAAGAGGACCUGUUCGCUUAUCUCUGUUAAGCUUACCCAAGAGUCUUUGACGAGGUACUUUAUCAAGAGCUUUUUGAAAGUCCAAGCACACUGUGUGUACUGGAUCACCCCUAUUCACAUGCUUCCAGAUGCUCUCAAAGAGCUCUGAAUCUUCUUGAGCAAGGCUUGUUCUUCUGUAUACGAUGAUGUUAUUUUUAAUACCUUUUCCACCAGUUUCCCUGAAACAGAUGUUCAACUAACCUGCCUGUAAUUUCCUGGAUCCCUUCUUAAACAUUGGUGUUACAUUUCCAGUCCUCAAACACAGAUACAGUACCAGUCUUAAGGACAAACUACAUAUUUUUGUUACAAGAUCAGCAAUUUGGGGUCUUUAAGAACUCUUAGUCGGAUGCCAUCUGGAUCAGGUGAUCAUUUUUAUUUUGUCCAUAAUACCUUUGUCUCUUGUCACCACUAUUUGCCUUAGUCCCUCAGAGUCCUUUCCUGAGAAAGUUAGUUCAGUUACAAGUGCUUGCCUUACAUCUUUGGAAGCAAAAGCUUUUCUUUGAUUUCCCUUUCUUCCAUCUGCACACUUUGACACCCUUGUAGUCUAAAGGUCCAGCUGUUCCCUAGCUAGCUUCUACUUUUAAUUUACAUACUUUUUAUUGCUAGCUGUAAAUGCAUUUUUAAAUUUAUUUAUUUGGGGACAUUCCUUGCCAUCUGCUUGCUUUUUAUUUUUUUGGCUGAAGUUUGUUUUCCUUUUUCCCCUCAUUUGGCCCAUUUCCCCCCUGAAACAUUCCUUCUUGAAUCUAAUAGCUUCCUUGAAGUUGCUCCUUAAUUGCAGUGGCAUCAUCUUGGCCUAAGAAUCAUAGAAUUGUGGAGUUGGAAGGCAUCCCGGGGGUCAUCUAGUCCCAGCCCCCUGCAAUGCUGAAAUCUCCCCCAUCUAAUUUGAAACCAUACCGGACCUUCCUUCAUUUUGCAAACGUGCUAGCAGUUUUAUGGUUGCACCUCCAGGAGAACCUUGGUGGUGUCUUUCCUGAUCUAAGCUGCUAUUAUUGAGGUUUUGCAUGAUCCUAAAACAUUCUGGGAAGAUUUGACUUUCCUGACUUUCCCUUUCAAAUUCCUUUUUAACAGUCCCCUAAUUUUUUAGAAGCUUCUUUUUGAAGUCAAAUGUGAUGCGUUGAACUUUGGCAAUUGUUCAUUUUACACAUAUAUUGGAUUCAUUAGUGGCACAAUGACUGUUCCCAAUCACACCAGUUCUUGGGUGCCCCUUAAGAUUAAGUCCAGGGUCACUUCCUCCUCCAUCAGUUCAGUGACCAGCUGAUCUAGGACACAGUCAUUUAGGGUAUAUAUUUGUAGGUUUAUGGUCGUAAGGUACUGAUUUAUUGAUUUUAUCUUUUUUUCUGUAGGACAAAUAUUCAGAAAGGAAAACUGGACAUUUCUGAUUUGACCUGGGAACAGAAGGAGAGUGUGCUGAGGCUACUCUUUGCAAAAAUGAAUGGCCUUAAACAACGGUAAAGUCCUGUCUGUUACAGCGAGCAAGGGCUAUAGAAUCCUUAGGGUAGCUGCCUAUUUUUCAGUUCAGCACUUGUUCGCCAAACGGAAACCCUCGAGAAAUGGUCCACAAAAAGAAUCAUGCUCAAAGUGACUUACAACAAAAGUCAACAUCAUAGGAACAAUUUCAUAACAACAUAAUAAAACAACAUAAUAGCAAAAUAUAACAAAUAAAAAACACAACAUUUCAGUACUAAUAUAAUAAGAUGGCAUUAACAAAGAAUUUGCAAUAGCAAAAAAUAACAAGAGAGCUUGAUAGUUUCUGCUUGGUCCUAGAAACACCCCUCUCACGUGAUCGCUCAUAGUUCCUUUCCUGCAGCAACUUGCAGGGCUUCCGAAGGGUAGUUGGAAACACUCCUCUGGUGGUGUUGGGGGAGGAAAUGUUGAAACUGGAACUUUCACUAGCUAAACCAGAUUUUUUUGGAAGGAGGGGUUUGCAGAAAGUAAAUACCAUAUUUUGCUUUUGAUUGAAUUAGAACCACUAGGCCUGAGACUGAGAAAUUCUAGCUGCCCUGCUUUCCUAACAUAAAGAUGAAGGGACCCCUGACCAUUAGGUCCAGUUGUGGCCUACUCUGGGGUUGCGGCGCUCAUCUUGCUUUAUUGGCCGAGGGAGCCGGCGUACAGCUUCCGGGUCAUGUGGCCAGCAUGACUAAGCCGCUUCUGGCAAACCAGAGCAGUGCACGGAAACGCCAUUUACCUUCCCGCUAGAGUGGUACCUAUUUAUUUACUUGCACUUUGACGUGCUUUCGAACUGCUAGGUUGGCAGGAGCUGGGACCGAGCAACGGGAGCUCACCCCGUCGCAGGGAUUUGAACUGCCGACCUUCUGAUCGGCAAGUCCUAGGCUCUGUGGUUUAACCCACAGCGCCACCCACGUCCUUUCCUAGCAUAGUCAGAACAAAAAAGAGACGUUAACUCCUGCAAGCGGAAGAUGGAAGCUUCUGCAAGUCCUGCCUCCACUGCUGAAAAGGAUGAAUGCUACUGGAUGUCGUCCUCUGUAUUAGAGCAAGAAUGCAAAUAGGAAAGAGUAGCUUGGAAAAAUAUUUCUGUGUUCCUUUUUCUUGUACAGGUCCUAACUAGCUAAUGGGGGAAAUGGGUAUCCAGACUUUAUUAAGAAGUACUAAAAUUUAAAAUGACAGAAUUAUGAAGUAUUUUCUCUAGUUUUGAAAAUUUAAGCAGUGAUUCGAAUCCCACUUAUCUGGCAAUAAGUAGCAGUGAGCUCCAUUGAAUUCAGUGGGACUGACUUCUGAGUAGACAUGGUUAGGCUCACAGCCUUAGUUACUAGUGCAUUCUGACACAUAGUAUUGAAAUAAAGUGCAAACUAACUUACUAUUCAGGAGGAGAAAAUGGAACAGAAGUUCAGGUGUGUAGAUUCAUUGCAGAGUCAAUGAUUUCCCCAAAGUUUUGCAGGGUCACAGAAUAGCAUUGACUCUGGGAGUUCUGGGCAGAGGAGAGAAAAAAUGCUUGAUAACAGAUCAGCAGUGUCUGCUUUCUUUUCAUCCAACUCUCAUCACAAGGAAAAUUACAGAAAUGGGAACUGAACUGAUGAUUUUUGCUGUCAUUUCUGUUUUAUAGGAAAUACGGUCAAGCUUUGGUUCCCAUAACUCCAGACACAAUAAAUUUAGCAGAACCAAAGAACGCUGGGUAAGAGAAUUUGCAUUUAUCUAGUGACUUAGUAGUUCUUUUUGUAGCACUGUCCCACUUUCCAGAAAGGGCAAUGGUAGUUAGUACUAGCAUGAGCAAUUCCCAUGUUACCCUGCCAGCAUGGGAAGAUCUAUGCUGGCAGUGUCAUGUAAGACAGACUAGGUCCAACCAAAAGCCACAGAAAAUAAGGUAAGAAUGCUUGUAUUACUACAUCUUCACUUUCUAUCCUUCUGGAUAUAUGUGAUGGAAUUAGCAUUACCUUUUCCAGCAUGUUGUAGCUAGUUGUUCUGCAUGUCUGACUUCUUCAUUGAGUUUGAUCAACAGACACAAGGCAACACUCUCCCAGCAAUUUACACAGUGAAAGAAAGGUAGAUAUGGAAGGUGGCCACAAAGGAAGAAAAAAGCAGGAGUGCUGAGAGAUGGAGAUGUAGACUCUAAUUAGAGAAAAAAGAGACAAAGAAGUCCCAUAGGAUGCAGAGAGACCUGUGGAGGAGGGAGGGUAACAGAUGGAGAUGCAGAGGAAAUAGGAUGCAGAGGGCCUUCUGGCGAUUCCCUUGCUGUGAGAAGCCAAGUUACAGGGAAGCAGGCAGAGGGCCUUCUCGGUAGUGGCAACCCGCCUUGUGGAGCGCCCUCCCACCAGAUGUCAAAAACAACUACCAGACUUUUAGAAGACAUCUGAAGGCAGCCCUGUUUGUUGUUUAGUCGUUUAGUCGUGUCCGACUCUUCGUGACCCCAUGGACCAGAGCAUGCCAGGCACUUCUGUCCUCCACUGCCUCCCGCAGUUUGAUCAAACUCAUGCUGGUAGCUUCAAGAACACCAUCCAACCAUCUCAUCCUCUGUCGUCCCCUUCUCCUUGUGCCCUCCAUCCUUCCCAACAUCAGGGUCUUUUCCAGGGAGUCUUCUCUUCUCAUGAGGUGGCCAAAGUAUUGGAGCCUCAGCUUCACGAUCUGUCCUUCCACUGAGCACUCAGGGCUGAUUUCCUUAAGAAUGGAUACGUUUGAUCUUCUUGCAGUCCAUGGGACUCUCAAGAAUCUCCUCCAGCACCAUAAUUCAAAAGCAUCAAUUCUUCGGCGAUCAGCCUUCUUUAUGGUCCAGCUCUCACUUCCAUACAUCACUACUGGGAAAACCAUAGCUUUUACUAUACGGACCUUUGUUGGCAAGGUGAUGUCUCUACUUUUUAAGAUGCUGUCUAGGUUUGACAUUGCUUUUCUCCCAAGAAGCAGGCGUCUUUUAAUUUCGUGACUGCUGUCACCAUCUGCAGUGAUCAUGGAGCCCAAGAAAGUAAAAUCUCUUACUGCCUCCAUUUCUUCCCCUUCUAUUUGCCAGGAGGUGAUGGGACCAGUGGCCAUGAUCUUCGUUUUUUUUGAUGUUGAGCUUCAGACCAUAUUUUGCGCUCUCCUCCUUCACCCUCAAUAAAAGGUUCUUUAAUUCCUCCUCACUUUCUGCCAUCAAGGUUGUGUCAUCUGCAUAUCUGAGGUUGUUGAUAUUUCUUCCGGCAAUCUUAAUUCCGGCUAGGAUUCAUCCAGCCCAGCCUUUCGCAUGAUGAAUUCUGCAUAUAAGUUAAAUAAGCAGGGAGACAAAAUACAGCCUUGUCGUACUCCUUUCCCAAUUUUGAACCAAUCAGUUGUUCCAUAUCCAGUUCUAACUGUAGCUUCUUGUCCCACAUAGAGAUUUCUCAGGAGACAGAUGAGGUGAUCAGGCACUCCCAUUUCUUUAAGAACUUGCCAUAGUUUGCUGUGGUCGACACAGUCAAAGGCUUUUGCAUAGUCAAUGAAGCAGAAGUAGAUGUCUUUCUGGAACUCUCUAGCUUUCUCCAUAAUCCAGCGCAUGUUUGCAAUUUGGUCUCUGGUUCCUCUGCCUCUUCUAAAUCCAGCUUGCACUUCUGGGAGUUCUCGGUCCACAUACUGCUUGAGCCUUCCUUGUAGAAUUUUAAGCAUAACCUUGCUAGCGUGUGAAAUGAGUGCAAUUGUGCGGUAGUUGGAGCAUUCUUUGGCACUGCCCUUCUUUGGGAUUGGGAUGUAGACUGAUCUUCUCCAAUCCUCUAGCCACUGCUGAGUUUUCCAAACUUGCUGGCAUAUUGAGUGUAGCACCUUAACAGCAUCAUCUUUUAAAAUUUUAAAUAGUUCAGCUGGAAUACCAUCACUUCCACUGGCCUUGUUAUUUGCAGUGCUUUCUAAGGCCCAUUUGACUUCACUCUCCAGGAUGUCUGGCUCAAGGUCAGCAACCACACUACCUGGGGUGUACGAGACAUCCAUAUCUUCCUGGUAUAAUUCCGCUGUGUAUUCUUGCCACCUCUUCUUGAUGUUUUCUGCUUCUGUUAGGUCCUUACCACUUUUGUCCUUUAUUAUGGUAAUCUUUGUACGAAAUGUUCCUUUCAUAUUUCCGAUUUUCUUGAACAGAUCUCUGGUUCUUCCUAUUCUGUUGUUUUCCUCUAUUUCUUUGCAUUGCUCGUUUAAGAAGGCCUUCUUGUCUCUCCUUGCUAUUCUUUGGAAAUCUGCAUUCAAUUUCCUGUAUCUUUCACUAUCUCCCUCGCAUUUUGCUUGCCUUCUCUCCCCUGCUAUUUGUAAGGCCUCGUUGGACAGCCACUUUGCUUUUUGCAUUUCUUUUUCAUUGGGGUGGUUUUAGUUGCUGCCUCCUGUAUAAUGUUGCGAGCCUCCACCCAUAGUUCUUCAGGCACUCUGUCCAGCAAAUCUAAAUCCUUAAACCUGUUCCUCACUUCCACUGUGUAUUCAUAAGGGAUUUGACUUAGAUUGUAUCUUACCGGCCCAGUGGUUUUCCUACUUUCUUCAGUUUAAGCUUGAAUUUUGCUAUAAGAAGCUGAUGAUCUGAGCCACAGUCAGCUCCAAGUCUUGUUUUUGCUGACUGUAUAGAGCUUCUCCAUCUUUGGCUGCAGAGAAUAUAAUCAAUCUGAUUUCGAUGUUGCCCAUCUGGUGAUGUCCAUGUGUAGAGUCGUCUCUUGUGUUGUUGGAAAAACAUGUUUGUGAUGACCAGCUUGUUCUCUUGACAGAACUCUAUUAGCCUUUGCCCUGCUUCGUUUUGAUCUCCAAGGCCAAACUUGCCAGUUGUUCCUUUCAUCUCUUGACUCCCUACUUUAGCAUUCCAAUCCCCUAUAAUGAGAAGAACGUCCUUCUUUGGUGUCAUUUCUUUAAGGUCUUGUAAGUCUUCAUAGAAUUGGUCAAUUUCAGUUUCUUCAGCACCAGUAGUUGGUGCAUAAACCUGGAUUACUGUGAUGUUAAAAGGUCUGCCUUGGAUUCGUAUCGAGAUCAUUCUAUCAUUUUUGAGAUUGCAUCCCAGUGCAGCUUUCGCCACUCUUUUGUUGACUAUGAGGGCCACUCCAUUUCUUUUACGGGUUUCUUGCCCACAGUAGUAGAUAUGAUGGUCAUCCGAACUGAAUUCGCCCAUUCCCAUCCAUUUUAGUUCACUGAUGCCCAGGAUGUCAAUAUUUAUUCUUGCCAUCUCAUUUUUGACCACAUCCAACUUACCCAGGUUCAUGGUUCUUACAUUCCAGGUUCCUAUGCAAUAUUUUUCUUUACAGCAUUGGACUUUCCUUUCACUUCCAGGCAUAUCCGCAACUGAGCGUCCUUUCGGCUUUGGCCCAGCCGCUUCAUCAGCUCUGGAUCUACUUGUACUUGUCCUCCGCUCUUCCCCAGUAGCAUGUUGGACACCUUCCAACCUGAGGGGCUCAUCUUCCAGCGUCAUAAAUUUUACAUGCCUGUUGUCUUUGUCCAUGGAGUUUUCUUGGCAGGGAUACUGGAGUGGCUUGCCGGUUCCUCCUCCAGGUGGAUCACGUUUGGUCAAAACUCUCCACUAUGACCUGUUCAUCUUGGGUGCCCUGCUCGGCAUAGUUCAUAGCUUCUCUGAGUUAUUCAAGCCCCUUCGCCACGGCAAGGCAGUGAUCCAUGAAGGGGCAGCCCUGUUUAGGGAAGCUUUUAAUGUUUGACGGACUAUAGUAUUUAAAUAUUUUGUUGGGCAGGGUAUAAAUAAUAAAUUAUUAUUAUUAUUAAUAAUAAUAAUAAUAAUUAUUUAUUAUUGAGUCAUGCAGCUCUAUAUUUAGAAAGAAAGAAAAACAGCUCAGGGCUACUUUAUCCCCCACAGCUAUGCUUUGUUCCAGAACAUGGCAUUUUAAAGGCACUGUAUAUACUCUUUCUUUCUCUUACACACUGAGAAAUGCUUUUUUCCUUGCAGGGGAACUGGGUUUAUUAUCUGUUUUCAAUCUGGCCUACUUAUCACCUCUUUGUUGACUUGCAUGGGGUUUGGGGAAGUCCAGCAACUGAUUUUCCUUCUCCGUGACAUUUGGGCAGCUAUUAGGCUACCAUUACUAGAUCAGGGCAAGUGCCACAACUUGGUCUUGAUAUUCUCAUCCCUUCAGAGAAAGGAAUGGGAACUCUUUGGAGUUGCAGCUAACAGCUGGCCUAAGGUAGCCGGCUGCAAAAUAGGUUGAAAAUAGAGACAAGGGCACAGUGCCUCCAAUGUGCAUGGCUGAGGACAUUACCCACAGGAGGACAUCCUUAGUAUGGGCCAGGACCUUUGUUGUCAACUAUCUAGGACAUAGGUAGGCAAACUAAGGCCUGGGGGCUGGAUCGAGCCCAAUCACCUUCUAAAUCCAGCCUGCGGAUGGUCUGGGAAUCAGUGUGUUUUUACAUGAGUAGGAUGUGUCCUUUAAUUUAAAAUGCAUCUCUGGGUUAUUUCUGGGGCCUGCCUGGUGUUUUUACAUGAGUAGAAUGUGUGCUUUUAUUUAAAAUGCAUCUCUGGGUUAUUUCUGGGGCAUAGGAAUUCGUUCAUUAUUAUUUUUUUCAAAAUACAAUUGAGAUGGAAAGUGUAAUACACUGAGGGCAAUUGUUAGGCUUAUCUGGAUGAAUGUAUGUGCUAAUGCUGAUCUUUUCUUACUGUCUUUCCAUUACAGCACUGAUGAUACAAUUCCUGUCUAUGCUUUCAUCACUCAGCAGGCACCACUAUCGGAGUCACCUCGUAAAGGAUCAUCCCUUCCAGAUAUUCAGGUUAUACCACCACAAUCCAACUAAGAUGGCUGCUAAUCAAGAAAAAUAUAUAAUGAAAGCCACCUUUCUUCAUGGGCUCCAGGUCUAUCAGGCAAAUAAUGCUGCAGUGAUGAAAUUCAAAUGUUUUCUAUACAUUUCAAUUUACUACUUCAGUUAUUCUUUCAAGGCAACUUGACUUUCUUUUUUAAAAAUUCACUAAUGCUUUCUUGCAAGAUGGAAUCCUAUAUCUUGGUAACAUUUGUUUCAUUUUAAAGUCUUUGUAUUGUAUAACUGUAUUCUGAAAUAAAAAAUGAGGGCAUUUCGUUCAAAGCCCUUUUUGAUAAGGU